AAAAUUAGCUUGAUUGGCCACCGGAAGCGCGUUCUGGCAUCUUUGGGAGACAGGCUUCACGAAGAUCCUCCUCAGAAACCACCUCGGUCAAUAACCCUCAGGGAACCCAGUGGUAACCACACUCCUCCUCAGUUGUCUCCAUCACUUAGCCAAAGCACUUUCACUACUGGUGGCUCCCUGGACGUUCCUCACAUUAUCAUGCAGGGCGAUGCAAGGAGAAGAAGAAAUGAAAACUAUUUUGAGGAUAUUCCCCGGUCAAAGCUGGAGAGGCAGAUGGCACAGUCCUCUGUCUGUGAGAUCUGGACCAACCAGAAUGCAGGAUAUCCUUUCUCAUCGAUUCAUCAGGUUCAUAAUACAGGAGACUGGGGAGAGCCUUCAAUUACCUUGCGGCCUCCAAAUGAAGCCACAGCAUCAACGCCUGUGCAAUAUUGGCAACAUCAUCCAGAGAAACUCAUCUUCCAGUCAUGCGAUUACAAAGCAUUUUAUUUAGGUUCUAUGCUGGUGAAAGAGUUAAGAGGUACAGAGUCAACACAGGAUGCGUGUGCAAAGAUGAGGAAGUCUACAGAACAAAUGAAGAAAGUACCAACUAUUGUCCUGUCUGUCUCUUACAAGGGAGUCAAAUUUAUUGAUGCAACAAAUAAGAAUAUUAUUGCUGAACAUGAAAUCCGUAACAUUUCCUGUGCUGCACAAGACCCUGAAGACCUUUCUACAUUUGCGUACAUCACUAAAGACUUGAAGACGAAUCACCACUACUGCCAUGUAUUCACUGCGUUUGAUGUGAAUUUAGCUUACGAAAUCAUUCUUACACUAGGACAAGCAUUUGAGGUGGCCUAUCAGCUUGCCCUACAAGCACGAAAAGGGGGUCAUUCUUCAACCCUCCCAGAAAGCUUUGAAAAUAAACCCUCCAAACCUAUUCCCAAACCACGUGUUAGUAUUCGGAAGUCAGUGCAGAUUGAUCCAGCUGAACAAAAGACUCUGGCGAAUCUACCGUGGAUUGUUGAACCUGGACAAGAAGCCAAACGAGGCAUUAAUACCAAGUAUGAAACUACCAUUUUCUGAUACAAAACUGUCCCCCUGUUCCUUGUUGUGCCUUGCACGCCAAGCAGUCACAGCACAGCCUUUCCUUUACGGCAACGUUUCAAUCCAGCAGAGAGGAAGACUGCACUGUAUGAGUGGCCUUGUAACUCAUUAAAAAAAAGGCUGACAGUCAUUUCUGGUGAUGUUCUUCUUCCUGCAGCACUGACAGAAGAAUGACACUCCAUGAAGACUUUUAAAAUUACAGUCCACAAGAGGAGUGAGAAACGGUAUUUUUCACGCAGUUCUCCCUUGUGACUCUGCCACAGUGCUUUCUUUGAUUUCUUAUUUUAGAAUUCUACUUUUUAAAAAAAAAAAACAAAAAACACAAAAGGUCUCUAAACUAACACUAAUGCUGCCUACUAGUAGAAUACUUGAUUGGUUUUUUAUUUAAAUCUUGGCAGUUUUUAAUUGAAAUAGAACCAGACUUAAUAAAUAGAGUAUUUGUGAAACCACUGAAUUCAUUAAUAAUUACUGUGUUGAAUAAAGAACUCAUUAAAGUGACAAGAAAUUAGGCACCCUGAUUUCUGUGUGCACUGGUUUUAUAUGUAGUCACUGGUGUCCUUUGAUCCUCUACAGAAAUAAUAACUUCCUGCAUUGUAACAAAGGAUCAGAGUUUUAUGAAUGGUUAGAAAAAGGUAUUAAUAAUGCACAGAAGACAUUUAUUAGAUAUUUUUAUGGAAGAGAAGUACUAUAGGAAAACAUAUUAAUAUUUAUGGAAGGAAGCCAGAUUAAUUAUGACAAAUACUGUUUAUUUUAAAGUUAAGUAAACCACUGCUAUUGCAGCAUUAUGAAAAUUAUAAGAGCUGUAGCAUCAGUGCACGGGAUGUUCCGUGUGAUCAGUCUGGAAUGAAAAUGGAAUGGUCAUUCUGCCACACCUACAUAUAGUUUAUGCAGUUCAACAUUGCUAUAGCCAUGAAUUCUACUAGUAUUUUUAAAAAAUAAUCUCAGUGGUUCUAAAAAAAAGUCAAAACCAUGGAUUUUGCUAUCAAGAUUUCUGUCACAGAAAGCUUGUUUGGAAGAACGUUGAUAAAAUUCUACUGCAAAACAUUUUCUAAAUAAAAAUAGCAAGAAAAAGAAAAAAAUUCCAAAGUAAUAAAAAUGUUUUCAUGGAACAAAUAGUUAAGCAUUUGCUUAAUAUUUGAUUAAAUAAGAUUUACUUACAUUUUCUUUGAAGUGUUUUAAUUUUUUUAAUGUCUGUGGAGUAUUUGUAUAAUACCAUGAUGUAUAUUUAUGUAGAACUGAAAUUAUAACAGUACAAAUAUCACUAUAGGAGAAAAAUGACAUUUUAAUGUAUAUUGUUCUAUCCAGUCAAAUUGUGAAUCAUUUUGAAGUUCAUUAUAGAGAUAUUGAUAA